CAAUUAAUGGAUUUGAAGGAGAUAGGCCUGUGUCCUUCCUACUCCCCCAGCUGCCGACUCUUUGCUCCUGCCAUUGUACGCAGUACGGAGUUGAUGAUGCCAGAGAAUCUUUUCCAGCUCGCAGUGAAACCGAGUGAAGGGAAUAUUGAUGACCGAAGAGAAGGCGAUAUAUGCUUCAAGCCAUUCACUCAUCAUCACCAUUGGUGGAAGAGCGAGGAAGAAGAAGAAGAAGAAGAAGAAGAAGAAGAAGAAGAAGAAGAAGAGAAGGAUGAGCUGGGAGAGAGGUGGAGAGUGCAGCAGCAAGAAGAAGAGGGUGAUGGUGCUGAUAGACGGCACUGCUCGCGCCGAGCAGGCCAUGGUGUGGGCCUUGACCCAUGUGGCGAACAAGGGGGACCUCGUCACCCUCCUCCACGUCCUCCCUCCCCACUGCUCCGGCUCUGCUCACCUGGAGGAGGAGACCUCCCGCCUCAUCGACUCCCUCGGGUCGAUCUGCAAGGCCAUUCGUCCCCAGGUGAGAGUGGAGGUGUUGGUGAUCCAAGGACCCAAGCUGGCCACGGUUCUCGGCCAGGUCAAGAAGCUCGACGUCUCUGUUCUGGUGCUAAAUCAAAGCAAGCCAUCUCCGCUCUGCUGCAUGAUGACGAGCAGCCACGAGGAGUUCGUGGAGCAGUGCAUCGACAGGGCCGAGUGCCAGACGAUGGCGGUGAGGAAGCAGAGCCAUGGCGUCGGGGGGUACCUCGUCAGCACCCGAUGGCAGAAGAACUUCUGGCUUCUGGCUUAGUCCAGCAGUGCAGCAACAUUGAGUACUUCCUGCUGUGUCGGAUCUGAUGUCAUCGAUCCCAGUGAUGUGUGUUCCAUGUUUAGCUUCGGAGUAGCUUAAUCUCUCAUCAUGGUUGGGUCAAACCAAGUCAACCUCAGUUGGCUCUUCAAGAUAAGCUUCGAUAGCUGGCCACCAUAUGCGAUGCGAUCGAUCAUUUGCUUUCGGUCGCACCCGCAGUUGACGAACCCUGUGCUUUCGGGCCAUGACAUGACCACCCUCCUCGGCCUGACCCAUUCAUCGCUCCACCGACCACACCCAUCCUGGCCCACCACGACUCCGACCUGUCAUGUGGCUGGAAAAAGAUACCCACACUCUUGUGUCUUUUUCGGACAUCGUCAUUGCUUUGACCUCCAUCGCAGCUGCUGCACCGGGAGGUCAACGACCGAGGUCUAUUUAAAUCGGAUUUAUAAUAUUUAUUAAUCGAACUUAUAUUAAAAUAGACGGUUCAUGUGCUCUGCUUUUUGAUGCACUAAUCGCAGUCGUAUCGAAAAGGAGAAGCAUUAAUUACCAUACAACAACCUUGGGUGUCGAAUCGGCUCAUCUCCGCCGGACCGUUCCAACCACGGAAUCGAGACAUCGGGUCAAAUCAGCUGCAAUCAGAGAGUCGAACCCAAGAUUGGACUCUUGCGCACGCACGCACGCGAACCUCACUACGGCUGGGUCAAUGCUCGCCUCCGCGCCCGUCCAAAGGAAACAAACAAACCCAACGGAAUAAAGGCGCACGCGAAAGGGGCAUGGCAUUGUUUUCGCCCAUGCGAUUGAUGGCUCCGCGUGGGUCCCGUCGUCUCCGGUCCUUUCACCGUCGGUCCCGAUCGCGUAAUCCGGCCG